AUGACUCGUCAAUCUCUGUCCUUGAAGCUCGCCGAACGUCCAUCGGACGACAUCGUACCUGGCCGCACAUUCAAGCAAGAAACCACUCCCGCACCCAACACAGCCGACCUGAACGAAGGUCAAAUACUCAUCGAAGCAUUAUACCUAUCCCUCGACCCGGGCAUGCGCGGCUGGCUCAAUGAAGCAGACUCCUACCUCCCAACUCUAAAACUCGGAGAAACCAUGCCCGGCUUCGUCAUUGCCCGCGUUCUGGCAUCCACGUCCACCCAAGCACAGCCGGGAGAUAUAGUCACCGCCAUGACAGGCUGGUGUGAGGUGGCCAUAGCAAAUGAAGACUAUUUUGAGAAGCUAGCGGCACCGCUGCAUCCUAAUAUCAAGGCUGGGGAGACGGUUGUUAUUAGCGGUGCUGCUGGUGCUACGGGGAGUGUGGCUGGCCAGAUCGCGAAGAUUAUGGGUGCUAAGAGAGUUGUCGGAAUUGCGGGGAGUGAUGAGAAGUGUACCUGGUUGAAGAAGGAUUUGGGGUUUGAUGAUGCACUCAACUAUAAGAACUCUGAAUUUGAAAGAAAGCUUGCAGAAGCAACACCGGAUGAUAUCGAUGUCUUUUGGGAUAACGUUGGAGGAGAUAUUCUUGACGCAGCCUUGGCCCGCGCGAACAAGUUCGCCAGAUUUGUUAUGUGUGGUGGCAUCAGCCAGUAUAACACUUCCAAGCCCCAAGGUCCAAGGAACUUGAUGAACAUUGUCACCCAUCGGAUCAGAAUGGAAGGAUUUGUUGUCUUUGAUUAUCAAUCAAAGUUCGAGCAUGCACGGAAUAAGCUUGCUCAAUUGCUUGCAGAGGGAGCAAUCAAGCGAGAGGUUACUAUAGUCAAAGGCGGCUUGAGGAGUGCUGGGCAGCCUCUACUGGAUAUGUUCCAUGGCAUGAAUACUGGGAAGCUACUCGUGGAGAUAAAGCAUCCGGAUGAAGCUUUCAUUCCUUAA